CGUUCCUCUUCCACACUUCAAUUCACAACUCCAGCUUUCGGCUUCAACUUUUCUGCAGUUUGCUUCACACAUUCUGCUUCUCGCAUUCCACAUCUCGCUUUCUCCUGCCUACAUCUUGUCCCCCUCCAGCUUCCUGUCGAUCCCCCAAUCUCAGCCGUAUUUGUUCAUCAAGUACUACAAUCAUGUCUGUACCCCCAUCAGCUGAGGCAUCUGGCCCAGAUGGCAUUUUCACCAGAUCAUCCACGGUCACCCCUACGCUCACCCCCACCGUCACCCCGCCGGGCAUGGCCACUGCUGCCCCCAAGACGAUGAUGACUAGGAACUACGACGCUCCUAUUAUUCUUAUCCCUCAACCAAGUGAUGACGCCAACGACCCAUUAAACUGGAGCAUCACCAAGAAGAUCAUUAUCUUCGCAUGCAUCUGCUUCGCGGGCUUUGCCGGCCAGAUGUCCCCCAAUUCUAACCAGCUGACCUUCGUCCUGCAAAUCCCUAACUAUGUCGGUAGGACCCAGGCCGACAUGCUCAACACCGUCGCAGCCGCUCUCGCCGGCUGGAUGCUGGGCCCCUUCAUCCUGGUCCCCUGGGCUGCCCUUGUAGGCCGCAGCUCCGUCAUUUUCUGGAGUUUGAUUGGAACCCUAGCCUGCCAGAUCUGGGCGGCUAAAAUGACCGGUCCCAAUGAUUUUAUCCCAUUCGCCAUCUCCCGCGCGUUCUGCGGCGUGUUUGGUGUCAUCCCCGCUACCCUCGGCACAGGCUAUAUCAUGGACAUGUUCUUCCUGCACCAGCGCGGAAAGGCCUUCGCGAUCUUUGAGGUGCUGAUUAUUUUUGCCGUUGUGGGCGGCGGUACCCUCGGUGGUUUCAUUGCUGAGUAUGGUCCUUGGAGCGAGGUGUUCUGGUGGACUGUCGGACCCGUUGGUGCUGCUGCCAUUGCCGUCUUUGUCUUUGUCGAGGAUACAACUUUCACUCGCGGUCCGAAUGCCGUUCAGCGCCCUCCACUGCCAAAAGCCUGGCUCGCCAACCGCGUUGCUACCUUCUUCCCUGGCAUCAAGACUCAGGCAGGUACCCUUGAUAAACGCGCAGCUGUGUUUCGCCGCUUCAUCGUCCCCCUCCAAAUCACCAUAACCCCUAUCACCCUCCUCAUCGGCACCUUCGUCUUCGUCGCCCUCGGCCUCCCCAUCAUGCAAGCCUCCACCAUCGCGAUCUACCUGAUGCCUCCCGUCUCCGCGGGCGGCUACGGCUUCUCCGCCCUCCAACUCGCCUUCUUCACCAUGACCGCGUGGGCCGGCAUAAUCAGCGCCCAGCUCUACGGCUACCUCUCCAACGACCGCAUCCCGCUCACCGUCGCGCGUCGGGUCAGCGGAAUCUGGCGCCCCGAGUACCGCCUAGCCAACACGCUGCUUCCCGGUUUCCUGCUCCCGAUCGGCCUUGCUAUCUACGGCGCGGGUCUGCAGUUGCACCUCCACUACAUGGUAUUGGCACUCGCGAGUUUCGUGAUCUGGUUCGCGGCUCUGUUGGCGCUGCCGGUUUGCUAUAAUUACAUUGUUGAGUGCUUCGUGCAGACACCUGUUGAGGCGUCAGUGGCGCUGAACUCGUACCGCAUUGCGUUUGGGCUGAUGUCGGUGUUUAUCAUCACGCAGUGGCAGGGCGCGGUUGGUGUGGGAUGGAUGUGGGGCAUGGGUUCUCUGUUUGUCCUGUUGGUGGAUGGACUGAUGGUGAUUGUGUUGCUCAAGGGACAUGAGGUCAGGAAGUACACGAGCCGUAUUAGCAGCACGAUUGCUGUUACGGAGGAUGGCCAGAAAAUCAUUGAGCAGCCACGUAUCAUUUAUAUGGCGGAUGUGGAGAGGGAACUCCGCUCUGUUAGGAUGAGAAGCUGCUGAUUUGCUGUUUCAGUGGACCUGGAUAAGGUGUGAGGAAGGAAAACAACAGGG